ACUUCAUUGUCCUCUAUGGCAUUCAGACAUGCUUUUCAACCUACGCGUUCAAAUUAUAAAAACAAGAGACGAGGUACCAAUAUGAUAAAUAAAACAAUACUGAAAGCAGAGCAGCCGGGCCAACCCAUCCAUCCCGAUGAUGCCGGCAGGAUCUUUAUGGGAAGGUCAAAUGACGAAAAUACCCUUCAAAGUCAAAACAUUGCUCUGCGCAGCGUGAGCUGUUUGUUCGUUCUCAUUGCAUUUUUAUCAUCUCCUUCUCAAUUUUGUUUGUUCUCCACUUUUUUGGUGCAUCGUCCAAAGAUGGCCGACUUUAUUUCUCCAAUCUUUAACGCCCUAAGCUGUUUGUGUGGUUACUGCGCGAUACGGGUAGAUUCAAUACGCAAGCUAGGAGAGAACCUCAGCUCUUUGGGAAAUGCUUCAAAUCAACUGAAGAGCAUGUACCUUGAUGUCAAGAUGAAGGUGGAUACAGCAGAGCAGGAUCCAGAUCCGGAGCUGAUGGUUUUGAAUGUGGUAAAGGAUUGGAUGGGCAGAGUUGAAGACCUUCAAAAUGAAGUCCAAGCCAUUCUGCAGAAAGGUGAUCAAGCAAAUCAAGCCACGUGUUUGGGAGGUCGUUGUCCCAAGAAUUGUCGAGCUAACUACAAGCUCCAUAAGGUGGUCACCCAGAAGUUGAGUGACGUUAAUAGUCUUAUAAGCAGAGGGCAUUUUGAUGUUGUAGCAGAAAAGUUUGCUCGUGAUCGGUUUGAUGAACUUCCUGUGGACAAGGUUGUGGGUGUAGAAUCAACAUUUAAGGAGCUAUGUUCGUGCUUUGAGAACAAUCAGGUAGGUGUCAUUGGCUUGUAUGGAAUGGGCGGGGUGGGCAAAACAACUUUGCUUAAAAAAUUCAACAAUGAGUUCCUCUCAAAGAAAGCACACAUGGUAGUCAUCUGGGUUGUAGUGUCUAAAGAUGUAAAUAUGGGAAAAAUUCAAGAAAACAUUAGGAAGAAAUUGCGUGUCCAAGAUCAUAUUUGGGAUGACAAGUCAAUGGAAGAUAGAGCUAUUUUGUUAUUAAAUAUCUUAAAGAAGAAGAAAUUUGUGUUGUUAUUAGAUGAUGUAUGGUACAGAAUUGAUCUAUUGAAAUUGGGAGUUCCUUCCCCUAAUAAUCAUGAAUGUAAGAUAAUAUUCACGACACGGUUGGAAAAUAUAUGUGGCUUAAUGAAAGCACAGACGCGCAUAAAUGUGAAAUGCCUCAAACCAGAUGAAGCAUUUGAGUUGUUCAAAGAUAAAGUAGGUGAAACUACUCUUGAAGACCCUAAUAUAUUGCCUCUUGCAAAACAAGUGGUGGAUGAGUGUCAAGAGUUGCCACUUGCUCUUUGUAUUGUUGGACGUGCCAUGGCUAGUAUCAUGCCUACUCCUAAUGAAUGGAGUCGUGCUUUAGAAAUUUUGAGGAGUCAUCCUUCAAGGGUUUCAGGAAUGGUUGAAGAUGUCUAUUACUUGCUUGAAUUUAGUUAUGAUAAAUUGUCAUCUGGCACACACAAAUCAUGUUUUCUGUAUUGCUCUCUAUUUCCUGAGGACUACAACAUUAAAAUAGAAGAGCUUAUUUUGCUCUGGAUAGCGGAAGGUUUUUUGGCUGAGUUUGAUGAUGAUAUAUGUGAAGCAUGGAAGCAAGGAGAAGAUAUCAUUUCAAAUUUGAAGCAAGCUUGCUUAUUGGAAAAUGGUGAUUACAAAAGCACAAUAAAGAUGCAUGAUGUGAUCAGAGACAUGGCUCUUUGGGUAGCAUGUGAUCAUGGGACAAAGACAAAAUUCGUUGUAAAAAAUUGUUCUGAUGGGACUAGGGGCCUUGAAGUAUCUAAUCAUGAAAAGUGGAAAGAGAUAGAAAAGUUGUCUCUAUGGGGAAGGGGAAGGGGUCGUAUGAAUCUAAAUUUACCACAAAAACCUCAUUAUCCUAAUCUUCUCACUAUGCUUAUCAGGGACACUACUUUGCAAGUAGGCUUUCCAACCCAGCUAUUUGACCUUCCAUGUACCAUGAGAGUACUAGAUUUGUCAUCUAAUAGGGGAAUGAGCAAUAUACCAUCAGCAAUUGGGGACUUUGUACUCCUAGAACAUAUGAACCUAUCUGGCACAGGUAUAACAAGAUUGCCAGAGGAGUUGAAGAAUUUGAAGAAGUUGAGGCACUUGCUACUGGAUGGAGUUGGAUACCUUGAAUUCCCAAGGGGGAUUAUAUCCAGCUUGUCAUCUCUUCAAGUUUUUAGUAUGUUUGAUGGGGGUGAAAUUAAAAGGCUAACAAAGAGGCAUCCAAAGUACGAUGAAAAUGACUUGUUGGAUGAGCUGGAAGGCUUAGAUCACCUUCAAGAUAUACGUAUUUCUAUCGAUAGCCCCUCCUCUGUUCAAAAAAUACUGACCUCCUCAAAAUUGCUAAGGUGCAUGCGUCAUCUAGAGCAUAUUAAACGUGAUUCAUUUAAAUCACGACCUGUAAAAGUGAAGCAUGAAAUUGAAACAUUUCCAUUUCAUGGUGGACCGUUAAUAAUUGAAGACACGACAUCAGAGGUUUCUGAAGCUGAGAAUAUUCCAAGGCGCUCAUUUUGGGGGUAUGAAUAUAUAAUCAUCCUUCGCAAGUUGACUCUCUUUGGAUGCGAAAAUAUAGUUGACUUGAAUUGGCUUAUACAUGCUCCAGACCUUGAAUUCCUUGCUUUAAGUGAUUGUUACUCAUUGGUGGAAGUUAUAACAGAUGAUUUUGGGACUGUUGACACUGAAACAGUGAAAAGUAAUCUUUUUUGCAGUCUCACUUAUCUUGAUUUGAAAAAUCUGACGGAGUUAAGGAGUAUCUGUAGAAUGGCAUUACAGUUUCCUUGUUUAAAGGAGAUUACUGUAAACAACUGCAGCAGAUUGAGGAAGCUCCCAUUUAAUUCUCAAAGUGGGCUGAAAAAUCUACAAAACUUUGAUGGAGAACGUCAAUGGUUGAAUAAAUUGGAAGAUGAAGCUGCCAAGCAUCUCCUCACCUCAAAAUUUAAGGCUCAUGAUUAUUCCUGAGGGUUCAACCAACAUUCUCCUCUAGCUGAAAACAGGAGUGUCUUUACCGAAGAUAAAGAUUUCCGGAAAUAAAUGUGUGAUUAGUGGCUGUUCUAAGUGUUGCUAUAUCCUCUCUCAGUUUGUGUUAUUGUGUCCUUUCAAAUUCCUUUUAUUGUUAUUACAGCACUAUGAUUUUGUAGUUUCAAUACUGUUCACCCAUAAACAGUACCAUAUAUUGGGUAACUAUUUUCUUUUAUAUAUGUUAUGAUGGAUUGCAAUGGCAAGUUUCAUUUGAAUAUU